AUGGCAUACAUUAAACAAGCAGUAUCUGGUGGAAUUAAUGCCAGGAUUAAUGGUUGGAUUAAUGCUCAUGCUACUUUCUAUGGAGUUAACGAUAACCCCACCACCCUUGGGGGAGCAUGUGGGUAUGAUAAUACAAUGCAUGCGGGAUUUGGAGUGAACACGGCGGCUUUAAGCGGCGCACUAUUCGAAAACGGCGGAGCCUGCGGCGGUUGCUACCAAGUGAUGUGCAACUACAGGGAAGAUCCCAAGUGGUGCCUUCCCGGCCGUAUCGUCACUGUCACUGCUACCAACUUCUGUCCAUCCAACAACAAUGGCGGCUGGUGCGACCCUCCUCGCCACCACUUCGACAUGUCCUUCCCGGCCUUCCUCCGCAUCGCCCGCCGCGGCAACGAAGGCAUCGUCCCUGUGCUAUACAGGAGGGUGAGUUGCAGGAGGAGGGGCGGAGUGCGGUUCACCAUGAGAGGUCAGUCGAGCUUCAACAUGGUGAUGAUCUCGAACGUGGGAGGCAGCGGCGACGUGAAGGAAGCGUGGAUAAGGGGGUCAAGGACAAGGACAUGGGUGGCUAUGCGGCGGAACUGGGGAGCAAACUGGCAGAGCUCCGUGGAUCUCCGAAACCAGAGAUUGUCUUUCAAGCUCACUCUUGGCGACACCAAGACAAUAUCGUUUAUCAACGUUGUUCCAUCUUCAUGGCAGUUCGGCCAGACAUUUGCUUCUCAUCUUCAGUUCUCUUAA